AGUAAAUAAUGAGUCAGUCUUCCAAUUGAAGCAUUUGCUGGAAUCGCGAUAGAAACCAGUUAAUUUCCUGUCUGUCCUAAGUAAUCGUCAAGUAUCCCAGCUAUAUACAAAUUGGUGUAUUCCCAUUCUUGAUUCGACAAAUAGACGAUGUAGAUUUAAUGUGUUUAGCAGUUUCGUAGUGGUUUGUGUUUUAACUGCCUGGCAUCACAAUUACUAUCAUAAAUGUUUUUAGGCCUUUAAUGGUGAAAAUAAAAUGUCAUCUGAAAAUUUGGAAAGCUCGACAAGUGGAGAGACCGACAGUGAAGUUUCAUCUUACAUUAGCCUAGAAAUCGGGGACAAAGAAGGUGGGAAAUGGAUUUCAAGUAAUAGAGCUUUGAAUGAUAAUAUUCCGGUGGAACUUCGUCCAGAUGUUCUCGAACAAUGGAGAGUCGAAAGGCGCGGUGAUGAAGCUUUAUGGAGUUUUCACGUCAUUUCAUCAGUCAACCGAAAGAAGCUUUACGUUACGUAUAAUGAUAACAACAAUGACGUCACUCUUCAGUAUGAAGAUAAUGGAGAAAAUAAAAAAGGGAGAUUUUUCGCUAUUCUUAUCUACCCAGGACAUGGUAUGCUUCUGCGUGCCGGAAAGUCCCGUGACCGGUAUCUUCGCCAUACCAGUGGGAAAUUAUAUAUGGUGACGACUGAAAAUCCAACCGAAGAUAUCAUGUGGCUCAUUACUCCAUCGUUUACUCUAAUUCAAAGCGUAUUGGCACAAUUUAUGGUGCAGAUUCUAGAAGCUCAUUCCUCGCAAAAGUGGAUCUCUUGGGAAGCUAGUGAACACCUACCAAUACAAGCGCAACAAUUGUCUGCUAAACAGGAUUGGAUGAUGAGUAUCGAAAACGAUUUGUCGAUUAAAUUUGCAGCUGGAGAUCUUUAUGCAGACAGUUCACUGCAAUUUGGGAGAAAGGCAACAACAUUCCGAGGACGUUUAUCUUCUGGAGGGGUUAAUCUAAAAUGCAACUGCAAUAACCUGUAUAUAGCGGCUCCAGUUGGAAGUGGCGAUCUUUUCUACGUAGCAAAUGGAAAAAAUGCUACAACUUGGUAUUUCAAAGUUAAAACAUUCAUUUUCAACUAUCCAGAUAAAGUGAUAUUGUAUCCUGCUCUUCCAGUCGAAUCUAAAAUUAAAAGUAAUGAACUCUCAAAAGUAUCCGAUGCUUCACGGUCUCAUUUCAACACUUAAACACUGCAUUAAAAUACUGAAAUGGAAUUAACAUUAAAGUGUAAUUAGAUUAUGUGUAUAAAACCAUUGCCGUAUCUAUACCCAGGACUACAUUAGAAUUUGUACAAUGCAUAAUUUGUCUAUACAAUAAAGGUAAUAUUUGCUAAUGAUAAUGGUUCUAGGGUUUAUUUCAAUAUUAUGAAAUCGCUUUUUGGCAAGCUUUUUGUGGGGUAUAUGUUCGCAGUAAGACGCUUGCUGGGUUCAGGGCUAAUUUUUUUUUGUGUGUGUUCUGGCGCGCUGGCACAUGAUAUUUCCACGUUUUAAACUUCUUUAAAGGUUUUGCUAGCUCUCCAGGAUUCUCCAUUUUUAAUUUAGGUGUAUUAUGAAGUUUUCAAAAUAUAAAUUGGGGAUGGGCCGUCUAUAUUUUCUACGUUUGUGAAAUGGCCGAGGUAUCUGCAGUCACAAUUAAUAAAGGCCAGAAGCAAGAACCCAAGCACUGGAACGUCUGGCCCG